GUGAACACCGGUUGCACUUUGACAUUUAUGUCACGAUUUAAAUUUUAAAGUUCUGAUUGGAUAAAAACGUACGCAAAUUAAGUCAUAUUUAGUGCAAAUUUAUCAACUUCGAUUAUGAGCUGGUAGUAGGGAACAUUAUUAUCAUUCACAUCACGACCUGUUGGUUCCUUAUCGCAAAUCCAACACUUUAAACCCAAGUCAAACAAACUGUACUAUGUGGUAGCUAGUCUUAAAGCAAUUUAACAAAUUAUGGGUCAGCACAACUCUAGGACUGAUUUUGAAUGGGUUUAUACCGAAGAACCCCAUGCCAGCAGGAGGAAAAUAAUUUUAGAGAAAUACCCCCAAAUAAAGAAGUUGUUCGGAUAUGACCCAAACUUCAAAUGGGUGGUAACAGGAAUGGUUUUGACACAAUUCAUGAUGCUAUUUGUCAUGAAAGAUAGAUCUUGGCCGAUAAUACUCCUAGUCGCUUAUUGUUUCGGAGGUGUUAUAAAUCAUUCACUUAUGUUAGCGAUACACGAAAUCUCACACAAUCUAGCCUUUGGACAUGCAAGACCUAUGCAUAAUAGAUUAUUCGGAUUUUUUGCCAAUUUACCUAUAGGUAUUCCAGUUUCCAUCAGUUUCAAGAAGUACCAUUUGGAACAUCACAGGUACCAAGGAGAUGAUAAGAAGGAUACCGAUAUACCAACAUAUGUAGAAGCCAAGCUUUUUUGUAAUACGUUUGGAAAGUUUUGUUGGGUAUGUCUACAGCCAUUUUUUUACGCCUUCAGGCCUCUAGUCACCUAUCCUAAGCCUCCUACGACUAUGGAGUAUGUGAAUCUCGUUAUUCAGUUGAUAUUCGACGCUGGUGUCGUUUAUUUCUUCGGUGGUCGAGUCUUAGGUUAUCUGAUAAUUGGCUCGGUGUUAACCAUGGGUCUCCAUCCCGUUGCGGGGCACUUCAUCUCGGAGCAUUAUAUGUUCAAGAAAGGCUAUGAAACUUACAGUUAUUAUGGACCGUUGAAUUGGAUAACUUUUAACGUGGGUUAUCAUAAUGAGCAUCAUGAUUUUCCCGCUGUUCCUGGGUCUAGACUUCCUGAGGUGAAGAGGAUAGCACCGGAAUUCUAUGAUAAUCUGCCACAACACCAUUCGUGGUCCGCUGUUUUGUAUGACUUCAUAACGGACCCAGAAGUUGGGCCUUACGCAAGGAUCAAAAGGAAAUCGAGAGGGUUGUCGACAUAAGACAAAUUAAACAUUGAUUCAUCGUGCUAUAACUUGUUCACUAGUUUUCAGUAUUUCUCACUUUGCAAGAACUAGGGAAGAACUCCAAAGAAUCUCUUUAUAUAUAUUUCUUAUAUUGUAUAAUAUGGAUAUUUUAUUUUUCUAAUCUCAAUUCUUUACUCAGGGUUAACAUACUCAAUAGCGAUUAUUGUGACUUCAUUUAGGUGGAUCUGAAUUAACAUUUGUUUCUAGUGAGCUUCGCUUGGAAAAAUUUCAGUUGAUAAUUGUAUUUAUCAAGAUAUUAUAUUUUGAAUGGAUCUGAUUUUUAGGAACUGUGUUCGUAAGUAUAUUUAUGGCUGGCUCGUGAUAUACUAUUAGUUUUGUGAUUUCUGCUAAAAAUACAGUUAUGAAGAAAUGA